AUAAAAAUUGCUCUGUUUUAAUGGUGGAUGAUGGUGGGGUGGAGGUGAGGGAAUCGGAGUGUCCGAGUUGCCGGAGAUUGUUUUGUGCACGGUGUCAAGUGCCGUGGCACGACGGCUUAAGCUGCGAAGAGUUUCUUGAGCUGGGGAAAGAUGAGAGGGAGAGAGAGGAUAUAAUGGUGAUGAAGCUUGCUAAGGAUAAGUCAUGGAAGAGAUGCCCUAAUUGUAAGAUUUUUGUUGAGAGGAGUGAUGGUUGUGUUCAUAUGACUUGCAGGUGUCACUAUGAAUUUUGCUAUCAAUGUGGAGAUAAGUGGAGUAGUACCCAUGUUCAUGCAUAAUGAGGAGGAAUAAGACUAUCUGUGAACUCUAAUUUCUACUACAGACACAGUUUGAUUGGAGAAUCUAAGUUCUAUUUCCAAAUUUUCAAGAGUUGUUUAACAUUUGAUAUACUCAUUUAGUCUUGAAAAUUACUUUUCUAUGCAACUUUAUGUAGUAUGCAAAUGUUGUAGUUUAUUUGUUUGAUCCACUUUUGAGGAUUCUAGAUCAUACUUGGUUAACAUUUGAUAUUCGAUCUACUCUUAAUGAUUUUAAAUUCUAUUGCCCAAAAUUUCUAGAGCUUGUAUGGCUUUACCAGGCCUACUUGGUCUUUUUUUAGUUGAUAUGGUGUGAAUUAUCCAAUGGAUAGGCAUUGGCACUAUGUCAAAAUGCCUCUUUUCAUUUUUGGUUUACAACUAGAUAAUGCUCAAGCCAUGCUCAAUUUUUAAAAUUAAUAAACAGUGAUGGAAACAUCAGUAAUCAAUAAACAUAUAUAUACUAAAGGCGAAACCAGGAAUGACACUUGUCAUUUCUUGGAAAACCCACAUUUUUUUCUCUUUCCUUCUUAAUUUUUUUGCCAUAUUUUAAUGACAUCUACAUAUUUUAUAACCUAUAAUAAUAGUUAUUUCCAUUUUGACAACAUAUUUAAUCCAAUAUUACUCAAUUAAAUUUUUUA